GUAACCGGCCUUCGCCGGCGACCGCUCGCCCUUCCUUCCCGAACUUUCUGGGCCUCCGCUAACUGGCAGGGCCGCGCCGUUCCCGGCGUGGCCGAGGCGAAGGAAAUGGGAAUCCCUCCGCGCCGUCCCCGGAGCGGCUGCGGGCGCUGGGGCCGCGGCGGCGUCUUCGAGGAAACCGGAAGCCCGUGGUGACCCCUGGCGACCCGGUUUGUUUUCCGUGCGUUUGCAAACACUGGGGAACCGAAACUCGGCGGUCUGGGGGGCGGCCCUACGGAGCCCGUCUUCGGGCUGUCAUGGAUGCACUGGUAGAAGAUGAUAUCUGCAUUCUGAACCAUGAAAAAGCCCAAAGGAGAGAUAUUCCAGUUUCGAUAUAUUCAGGCGAUGAGUCUGUUGCUUCACAUUUUGCCCUUGUCACUGCAUAUGAAGACAUCAAAAAGCGACUUAAGGAUUCAGAGAAAGAGAAUUCUCUCUUAAAGAAAAGAAUAAGGUUUUUGGAAGAAAAGCUUAUAGGAGCUCGAUCAGAUGAAGAAACAAGUUCUGUGGGACGAGAACAAGUAAACAAGGCUUAUCAUGCAUAUCGAGAAGUUUGCAUUGAUAGAGAUAAUUUGAAGAGCAAACUGGACAAAAUGAAUAAAGACAACUCUGAAUCUUUGAAAGUAUUGAAUGAACAGCUACAAUCUAAAGAAGUAGAACUCCUGCAGCUAAGGACAGAGGUGGAAACUCAGCAGGUGAUAAGGAAUUUAAAUCCACCUUCAUCACAUUGGGAGGUGGAAAAGUUGAGCUGUGACCUGAAGAUCCAUGGCUUGGAACAAGAACUGGAACUGAUGAGGAAAGAAUGUAGCGAUCUCAAAAUAGAGCUACAAAAAGCCAAACAAACGGUUCCAUCUCAGGAAGACAGUCUGAAGAGCAAAGAUCUCCAAAGAUUAAGCAUUUCAAGUGACAAUAUACAACAUGCAUACUGGGAACUGAAGAGAGAGAUGUCUAAUUUACAUCUGGUGACUCAAGUACAAGCUGAACUACUAAGAAAACUGAAAACCUCAACUGCAAUCAAGAAAGCCUGUGCCCCAGAAUGCAUGGAGGACCUUGGGAAAGACAGCACAAAACUGCAUUUGACAAAUUUUACUGCAACAUACAAAAGACACCUCCCUCUCUCACCUAAUGGCAAAACUCUUUGUCAUACCACAUCGUCCCCUCUACAAGGAGAUAUAAAGGUUUUGUCAGAGAAAGCAAUUCUCCAAUCAUGGAUAGAUAAUGAGCGCUCCAUUCCUCAUGAUGGUACAAACUUCCAGGAACACAACUCUUACAGCAGAAAUUCUCUCGAAGAUAAUUCUUGGGUGUUCCCAAGUCCUCCUAAAUCAAGUGAUACAGCCUUUGGGGAAACUAAAAAUAAAACAUUGCCUUUACCCAACCUGACACCACUGCAUUACUUGGAUCAACAUAAUCAAAACUGCCUUUAUAAGAAUUAAUUCUCAAGAGGUUUCAAGACUUAAGGAUGCUGUUUCCCUUCAUGGUUCUCAAGAAAUUAUUUAACAAACUGAAAGCAGGUUUUGACUAAAAUUUUGUAGUUCUUCAGCGUAUACAUUUGCACAUAUUGUACCAUAUUGUGUAGCUGAUUUUGCAGUAUGAAAGAGUACCAUCCAGGUCCAUGUUGUGACAAAGAAUCAGAUAUAUGCUACUGAUUAAUAAAUUAAUAAACUCUUAGGUGUUUCAUAAAGACAGUUCUACCUUUGAUAAUUAUAUAAAUUUUGCCUCACAUGAAGAAUGGAAAGUAAAGUUUUUAGAUAAGGUUUUACAAAAUGUAAAACCUAAAUAUCUAUACAUAAAAAUAAAGACAGGAAAUUCAUGUAAGUUGCAUAAAGGAGCAAGUGGAAAUGUGAAUAGGUUAUAUUUCUGUUGACUGUACAAAGCAUAAAGUUAAGAAAAAUAUUAUAGUGGAAUAAUAGUAUCUAGGUUAUUCUAUCUGUAUGCUAUUGUGUUUCAAAAUUUAAGGUCUAAAAUAGUUUUUUAAUCACAAUGUUGUUGGUACAGUUUAGAAUUGCAAUUUGAAUUCUACAACUUAAUAUAACCUGAUCAUGGAAGCCAACUUUCCUAAUUUUAAAAAGUGAUGACAUAGCUGAUAAAUUACGUAGUGUGUGAAUAAGCUAUUAUAAUUCUAUACAUCAAGUAGAAAGAGCAUCACAGAGGUUUCAGUCUAGUCUCUCCCUUCAGUGGUCCUUAGUGAAAAUAUGAAAGUAGAUGUAACUAUGCAGCUGCUUGCUAUAUAGAGCAGUUUCUAUAUUGUUAGACCCUGUUUUGAAAUGUAACAUUUUAUUCAUUGGGAAGGACUUUUAGGUGAAUUAGGAAUUUUCUAGAAACCAAAUUCUGUGCUGUAUUGAUAAAGUACAAUCAUGGAAUUCCCAAGCUCUGAUUCUAAGUUGUCUAUCAUUUAUAAACAAGUAAGGAAGUUAUAAGAAUGGCUUCACAUGGAAUGUAUCUAAAUUCUUUCAAGGUGGUGGUAUUAAGAACAUUAGUAAUAAAACGUAUUACUUGGUACAUACAUCGUUUGCUUGAGAUAAAGUAUUUCGAGACCUUUAUCCCUUUGAUAGACAGUUUCAAAUAUAUUGAACUCAAAAGAGUAUCUCAGAUCUCUUGUAUAUUAACUGAAUAGCAUACAUACAUAAUGUUCACCGUUCACCAGAUAUUUCUGUCUUUCUAUUAUCUUACUCACUUAUUCGAGCUUGUCUGUGAUUAAUGGAAUUGGUGUCAGAUGCUGGAAUUUAUUCUGACCAAUGAACACAACUGACUCGAGGGAGUACAAUCUCCUGCCAAGUAAUAGAACAAAAUCCAAUAUGCAUAAAACAAAUACAAGACUCCAGGCUUUAGCUGAAGGAAGCAACUACCUGUGUAAUAACAAAGCAGCAGGAACUAUUUCUCAUGUGGCUGCAUAGGCUGUAUAUUAUAUCUAAUCUCUAAUGUAGCUUACCAGUUGGCCUUUUUUAAAAACCAGGUUGAAAACGUUCCUUGCAAAGAAAAGUUAUAUGAACAAUGGCUUGAUUGUUUGAACAAUACCAAGAAACUGUUUAAUUAAAAUAAAUUAUUUU